AUGGCACCACCAAAGUCUUCCUUUCAAAUUACUGCUCAAGCUGAAACUUUACUUAUUUAUGGAAUAUUUUUAUUUUUGACGGGUCUGGUACAAAUUGCGGUUACAAUUGGACAUCGAUAUAUUAUUGAAAAAAGCAAUCAUAAUUUUGAUGAUAUAAAGUUUAUUAAUCUUCUUCCAAUAUCAUUUACUAUGAAUGAUAUUCAUCUUUGGUAUAUUUAUCCAUCAGCAAUAUUAGCGAUUUUAAUUUGUAUGUCUUCGUUAAUGAGUUUUAUUUCAUCAUCAGUUUAUAUCGGUCUUCUUAUUAUUCAUACCCUUGAAUAUUGGCAAACGAUUUCAUCGCCACGUUUUAAAUCAUUUCUCUCGACCACAACAACUACAACGCGGCUUCUCGUUCCUUUCGAUGAACCAGCUACUUUUGUUAAUUUAGCACUACUUAUAACAUUUACAUUAGCACUUGUACAAGCACUUUUAUCAUUGAUUGGUGCAGUUAUUUCUUGUCUUUGGUCGCCAUGUUGUAUUAGUUCAGUGCCAAGUUAUAAAUCAAUGGCAACUAAUACCCACUAUGCUCAAACAACACCACAUCGAUUUGAAAAUACUCAAUCGUCAACAAUACGAAGUGUGAAACGUCAACAAUAUCCUGAAGCUCAUCGAUUUAUUACAACAAAUGAAUCGUCAGAUUCGGUAAUAAAUGGUUUUCUUCAUAAAAGUCCAUUAAUUCGAAGUAAUUAUGAUGAUGUGUAG